UUUAUAUACACAACCAACAGAUUUGGACUCAGCAGGUUUUAUUCAUAUGUUUGUGCAUACAUAUUCUCACAUGCUUAAUAAGGAAGAAAUUGGAAGGGAAAAAUUUGGGAAGGGAUGGAGAGAGGAAAAGAAGGGGGGGAAAUGAUUAAAUACAUAUUAAUUUGUGAGAACAAAAUGAGCCAUCUUAGAAAUAAGACGAAAAUGCUUUCACCAAAAACUAAGGCCUAAGAUUUCUCCUUCAAGGAAUAGGCCAAUAGUUACUGAAACAAGUCAGACCAGAUUCCAAAAACCAGGAAGUGUAAAAGUAUGGAGUCCCAAGGUGGUCACGAGAUAAUGAAUACUGGACUAUAGACUGGUCUAACCCUGGUUUCCAGGGUAACUGACCAUAAAAAUGUCCCCACCUGAGGGCAGCCAGUGAGCAAUGGUGGCAAGCAACCACCCCCUUAGAAGUAAGAUUAAGCCAUGAUUUUUUUGAAAGCCCCUAGAAGCGAGCCAAUCAGAAUUGUACCCGUACUAGCACCCCUGAAUGAUGUAACCUUGUGAUUUUUCCCUUUAAAAACUGGGUUUGUAGAUAGGUGGGCACUUCCUCCAGCCUCCACUGCAUUGGACCUAUUGGAUGAAGUCCCUGCCUAGGCUUGUAUUGGAUAUCCAGAAUUAAACCUUGCUUUUGCAUUCCAUCAUGCUCAUCUUUGGUGGUCUCUCUGGGGGUCAUGAUCUGGGUACAACAAAUUAAAAUGUAUGAAAAUAGAUUUAAAAUAAAGAAGUGGCCUAGGGAGAUACCUUAACAAUUAAAAGCAGCACCAGUUGUUGUUAUAUACGACACAGGUUCCAUUUUAACUAGCCAUCUCCUGUAACUCUCUUCUGGCCUUUGCAAGUACUCUGUACAAAUGCCUGGAGGCAAACAUCUGUACAUAUAAAAUAAAAUAAAGCUUAAAAAAUGGAAUCCUAUGCAAUGAUGUCACAGCCCUGAGACAGACAGCAGCCAGGGCAAGUUAAAAUGAUCUCUGUUGUGCCCAGGUCACAAGAUCCCUAAGCUAGACCACCACAGAGCCAUUAUCUGAUGCAAGCACACAAGCUUUGAAGAACAAAAUAAGCAAGCUCGGUCACGUUCAUCAUUCGACACAGCAGGUGGAGGAAAAUGGCCCUGAGCACUCACUUUAAGCAGUUUAUAUAGGAAACGUUUACAUGCAGCUUGGGAUGGGACGAGGGCGCUAGGUGUGAGGUAGUUUUUUAAGUUACCAGUUGAACUAUAACCUUGAGAUUACUGAUGACUAGCAGGAUUCACGGUAUUACAGAGACAUAAAUUUUUACUCCCUAUGUCCUGCUUUUGUUGAACCCAGGAUAUGUACAUUCAGAUUUAUUGUUCCUGUCCUACUCUCCCGAGUUCAACUUCUGUUUAAUUGAGCCCAUUACUCCCUAUAUGUUGUUUUGCCAAGUCUAGGAUACAUAGAUUUAUUGUCCCAGCCUUAAAAGUUCAACUUCUGGUAACUUCUAAACCUGUUGGUCAGCAAAAACUUUUGGAGGAGGGGAGGGGGAAGCAUCUCUCAAGAUGGCUACUGAUUUUCCCUUUUUCUCCCAAUCCUGCAUGCUUGUAAGACAUUCUAUGAAAUCAACUUUCUACAUACAUGGAGAGAUUCAUUCUAUCAGUCCUGAUCAUGUAGAGAAGCUUAAUUAAUAGAGUUUAUGUUUUUUUUCUUCACCUGUCUAUGGAGAAAGAUGUGCUGGCUAACAAUGGUGCUCAUAAAUGCAUUCUUCCUGGCUCCAUUACUCUCUAAGUAUUCUUCUUUCCAUGAAGACUACUCUUUAUUAUUAUUUAUUUUGCCAAAACUUUGCUCUGAAUUUCAGGAAUAAAACUUAAGGAGGAUGGAGCCUUCCUUCAGCUUUCUGAUGGGAGAAAGACCUUUUAUCUUGUUUGUGAUCUAGUUUCUGCUUUCCUUGAUGCUUGUCUGGAGUCUCUGUGACAACCAGAACCCUGUUACUGAAGAAGAUCUUACUGUUUCAUAUCACUGGGUUAUUUAAGAAAUAAUUUUGGAAAUGUCUUUGCUGUGCCAGAGGAGGGCACCAGAUCUCCUUACAAAUGGUUGUGAGCCACCAUGUAGUUGCCAGAAAUUGAACUCAGGACCUCUGGAAGAGCAGUCGGACUCUGAAACAAUGAACCAUCUCCCAGCCCAGGUUCCAGGUUGUUUACAUUGCACUAUUUUCAUAACCCCUGCUAAAAGCUCCCCUAUUCCAGUUAUCUCUCCCUACCUUCUCCUCAUUUGUCUCUUCCUUACUCACCUGAUCCUUCCUGUUCCCAUCCCAACUUGCCAUCAGUGCACCCAAAAAAUCUAUUUUAUUCCCUCUUCCAAGGGAGAGCCACAAAUCUCUCCUAGGGCCAUUGUUUAUUAUUUAGCCUCUCUGCAUCUAUGGAUUGUAGUGUGAUUACUGUGAUUACUGUGAUUGUACUUUACUGAACUACUUAUAUCUACUUAUAAGUGUGUACAUACCAUGUUUGUCAUACCAUGUUUGACUCACUCAGGAUAAUACAGAACUAAAGAAUCUUGACAACAUCAAACCAAGUAAUUCCUUUAUAACGGGACAUACCUCUAAACAGAAUUCUCAGUAGAUGAAUCUAAAGUUGCUGAAAAAGACUUGAAGAAAUGUUCAACAUUCUUAGCCAUCAGGGAAAUGCAUAUUAAAACUCCUUUGAGAUUUCAUUUUAUAUCUGCCAGAAUGAGAUCAAUAAUACAAAUGAUAGCUAAUGCUGGCAAGGACAUGGAGCCAGGGGAGUCAUUGCUUUGACAAGUGCAAACUUGUACAGCCACUGUGAAAAAUAAAUAUGCAAUCCUCUGAAAAUGGGUAGUCAAUCUACAUGAAGACCCAGCUUGGGCAUAUAUCCAAAUGAUGGUCCUCCACCCUACCACAAAGACAAUUGCUCAACUAUAUUCAUUGUGGCUUUAUUUAUAAUAGCCAGAAACUGUUAUGUCUGUGAGAGAUUUUGCUGAUUGAUGAUUGAAAUGAGAAGGCUCCUGCACCUAAGGUAGCAGAAAUGGCUAUUCCACCUAGGAUGACUGUAGAAAGAACAUACCCCAGUUACGGGGGAGGAAUAAUCAUUCUUGAUUCAGACAUGGUAUAACACUCAUUUAUUCACACAGUAAGAUUACAAGUAAUAUUUAUCCUGUCUUCCAAAUGGAAAUGGAGUACCACUCCAGGUGUACAGGUCCGGACUCACCACAUCUGUUCCUAUGGAUCUUGGGUCAGUCAUCCUCCGGUCAGCCAUGUCUGUAUUGGGGACAGGAUCUCACGUCUCAUGCAAGGGUCUGACAAGAUCUGUUGAUCAGGUCUGAGGCUUCAUUUUAUAUCCCUUUCUGGCAAGGUUUCUAGUCUUAUCCCAACUUCCACACAUAGAUUAUAGCUCAUCCUUACUCCAUCUGUGGUUUACUUAAGUCAUUCUAUUGCUUAUCACUCCUGUUCACCCUAGGUCUUAUAUGUUCCUUACAGUGACAAUAACCCUAAGAAAGUGGGCCUGGGCUAGAAAAGGGAGCCAACUGUGCAUGAGACAGUUACUGCCAAGAGAGAACCCCAGAAAGCAAUCUUUGCCUGUGGGUUUUUCCUUCAAUUGUUAGCAUGGAUUUUUAUCCUCAUCUCCCAAGGUGAUGGAGUGUGAUCUGACACAAUCAGCCAAAUAAACCCAUUCAUUGCCUGAUAUGUCUUUGGUUAGAGGCUUUAAUCACAGCAAGAUAAAAGAAAGUUAAAACAAAAAAAUGUAACACCAACAGUGAUUUUAUUGCCAGGUAGAACCUGAGAAUGUUGUCUUUUGGAAGAAUGUGGAAGAUAUCAGGACCUUAGUUGGCAAAAACCAUAGAAAGUUACACACAGAACAUUAUUGGUCCAUUGUGUAUGAGUAGGAAGAUGGGAAUGUUAAGAGUAAUGGCAGAAAGUGGAGAUUGAGACUAUAGAAUUUCAGUCAAAAUGACUCAGUAAAAAUUAAGCUAACAGUCAUUUGUGUCAUAUUUUGGCUCCAAAUGACUUCUUAUUCUGUCAAUGCCCAGGAUAUUUAUUAAUGCAGAAUUAAAAAAUAAUGUGCUAGUUUCUUAAAUGGAAUAUUGAUUCUGUUGGAGUGUUUUUAUAGACUCAUUCAGGUGAACAAUGGAAGAAAACAAGAGAGGCAGAAACAAUUGAAAAUGAGAAGGUAGUUUCAGAGGGCUGUGAAGUGCUGAAAAAGGCAAGGGUUUUCAAAGACUUGAUCACUGUUAUUCAGAAAAUGGAAGCAUGAAGGGUAAUGGAAGGUCUCCUAAGGUUAAUGCUCUAUUUACGUAGUGCUUGAAAUUAUGAAAUGAGAAAGCACAGUGAUUUCUAGUCCCAGGAAGCAACUUCAUACAAAAUCUGUUUCACCUGUGGUCCAAGCAUGUUUUUGUCCAUCCCAAUCAAGAAGUCAAACUUUGCAGGAUCCACCAUCAUCUGCUGGUCCUGGAAACAAGAGAGAAUCAAAAUUUAAGGUCAUCGAUUCUUAGCCUCUGGUUACAGUUCAGCAUUUUUGCAGGCAUCUAUGAUUGGCAGAGACAGAAAUCAAGUGAGGAGAUUGGGAGGGUUCACUGCAUGAAGUAGUGAGGAUGAGGCUUGGUGCUUUUUUAUUCUUUUUUAACUCUUUACUCUUUUGGUGUCUGGCUACCCAGUUCUAAAAUUAAUUGCACACAUAGAGGCUUAGUCUUUCUUAUAAUUGCAUGGCCUUAACUUGGCUUGUUUCUAGCCAGCUUUUCUCACCUUAAAUUAUCACAUCCACCUUUUGGCUUUUAAUCUCCUCUAUUCUGUAUACCUUUCUUUUCUUGUUACUCCAUUGCUUGCUGUGUAGGUGAGGGGAUGGCCCCUGGUGUCUUCUCUCUCUUUUUUUUUCUUUCUUGCUGCUUCUUCCUUUUUUCUAUGCAGAUUUUUUUCUCCCAUUUAUUAUCUCUGACUGCCAGCCUUGCCUAUCCUUUCCUGCUGAGCUAUUGUCCAUUCAGCUUUUUAUUAGAUCAAUCAAGUAUUUUAGACAGGUAAUGUAUCACAGCUUCACAGAGUUAAAUGCAACAUAAAAGAUUGCAACACAUCUUUGCAUCAUUAAAAAAUGUUCCACGGCAUACACAAAUAUAACACAUCUUAAAAUAAUAUUCCACACACCUGCAUUGCAUUUUGUGACCACAAGAUGUUGAGAUACCUAACCUAUGAGACAUCUUCCAUUUAGACUUAGCUGCAUAUAGACAGUAGAAGUAACCAUAGAGAUAAAUGUUUGGGAAAUUGCAGGGAAAGGGCAAUCUAAGCCCUUUUGAACUGAAGCCCCUUGCAUCUGAGACAGAGAUACAGGAUUUGUUGUUUUUCUUCCUGUGCUUCAAUCUUUUCUUGGUUCAACCUUCCCUCACUGUGUCUCCAUUUCACUGUUUUGGAAUGUGAAUGGGACUGUGUGCCAUUGUAUGUUCAAAAUAUGUAACUCUACUAAUUUUACAAGAUAUCACUGUCAAGAGAUCAUCUUGAGGAUCAGAAGAGACUUUGGACAUUUGAACAGUGUAAGGGCUGUUACAGACUAUGAGGAUCAUUGAAGUAACUAAAUGCAUUUUCUUCAUGAAUGACCAUGAGCCUUAAUGACUUGGGUCAAAAUGUGAUUGAUUUAAAAACCUCCCAGUUAAGACACUAUAUUUGGAUACAUGUUUCUCCUUGGAUAUUUCUUUGUAUUGUUUUGAAACCUUUACUAGGAGGAGUCUUUCUGGAUAAAAUUCCUCACUAGGAGUGUAAUAUGCAUCUCAACAGUCUCAACACAUUUCCUGUUUGUUCUGUAUACUGUGUUGUGUUGAAAUUAAUCAGCCAACUUCCUUCCUGUUCUGUCAUGCCUUCACCAACAUUAUAGACUCUAUCUCAAAAUCACAUAAGAUAAAGUAGAAGCAAUUGUAAUUCAGUGAUAAGGCAGUUUGGUAGCCUGCUCUUUUAAUUUUUUGUUGUUGUUGUUUUUGAAGACAAGGUUUAUCUGUGUAGCCCUGGCUGUCCUGAAAGGAGCUCUGUACACCAGGCUAGCCUCAAACUCAGAGAUCCCGCUGAUUCUUGUCCCCACAUCCUGCAACAAAAGGAGGACCAACAUUCCUAGCUUUUUUGUUUUUAUAUUAUUGGGUGAUGGGCUUGAGAUGUAGGUUUAUACAUGUCAAAUAUAUGCUGUUUUACAGAUUUUCACCUGUAUCUUGUACUUUAAAAUUUGGCAGAGAGCAUCCUUCUGUUUCUCAGGAUGGCAUGUACUCAUGACACUAAUAUUGCCUGCACCUUUUGAGUCAUUGUAUAGUGGGUGUAUGAACUUCUUCCUGCCUGUUGUGUUUUGUUUUAAUUUUUAAGUGAAUAUGAAUAUUUUACCUGUAUGCAUAGAUAUACACCACAUGGGAAACUGGUCAUCACAGUAAUCAAAUGAUGAUCUUAGAAACCCUGAGGUUGGAAUAAUGAAUAGUUGUGAUCUCCCAUGUAAGCAAGAGCAAUUGAGCCCACCUCCAUUCAAAACAAAAAAGAGCUCUUUGCUGCUAUACCAUCUCUCCUGCCCUGUGUUGAUUAUGUUUGAUCAACAUUUAUAUUUCUAAAGUUUUCAUCUGUCCAUUUAUAACUGUUACAAUGUGCAGUGCCUUUUAUCAAAAUCUUAUUGAUGUUACAGCUUGAAUUGCACACUUCAUGUUCUUGAAGAUGAAAACAGAACUGUAAUGAAUCCAACACUCUUUUAAGGAACUUCAGUAAAAACCUCUGAGCUUCCUCUGUAGCUAGAGUUUUCCUGCCUUGCCCACAGUCAGGAAAAAUUCUUGUCACCCGCCAGUCCCACAGCUGCUCAGACCCAACCAAGUAAACACAAAGACUUAUAUUGCUUACAAACUGUAUGGACAUGACAGGCUUCUAGCUAUCUAGUUCUUACAUCUUAAAUUAAUCCAUUUCCAUAAAUCUAUACCUUGCCAUGUGGCUCAUGACUUACUGGCAUCUUCACAUGCUGCUUGUUUUGGCGAUGGGUGGCAGUGACUUCUUCCACCUUCCUGUUCUUUUUUUCUCUUCUCUGUUAGUCCCACCUAUACUUCCUGCCUAGCCACUGGCCAAUCAGUGUUUCAUUUAUUGACCAAUCAGAGCAAUUUGACAUACAGACCAUCCCACAGCAUUUCUCUAUCUUUUUUGUUGAUUUUUACAUGGAAGACACGGUCUUAAUUUAUAGUUCUGGAUUUUCUGGGCCUGAUGUUGUAGAGUAGACUUCUAUUCAACUCAGAGGCAGAUAUACCUGCCUCUGCUUUCUGAGUGCUUGGGUUAAAGGUAUGAACAUUACACCUAGUCUACCUAACCUACUUUUCUUUUCUGUAGUUCCUAAUUAUUCAUACAAUUUCACUCAUGUGUACUCUGUACUGUUGAUCUGUUUACUUGUCUCUCUAUGUUAAUAGGCAUUUCUCUUGCAAAGUAAUAUCUCAUUCAAGGGGUACAGAAUUGACAGAGGUAAACCUCCUAUUCAGUUUUCAUCUAAAGUGACUUGGUGAUUAUAUUGCAAUGUCUAUGUUAUGAAAUAUUGUGGGAGGAUCAGAAUUAUAUGACUAUACUGUCAAAGAAGUAUACAUUUACAAUACUUUCUGCUGUACACAUGUAUGGGAUGUUUUAGAAUGUAGUGACCUAUGAUGAUGUGCAUGUUGGCUUCACUUGGGAAGAGUGGACUUUGCUGGAUCCUUUCCAGAAGAAUCUCUACAAAGAUGUGAUGCUGGACACCUACUGGAAUCUCACUUCUAUAGGGUACAUUUGGAGAGACAAUACUACUGAUGAACAUUUUCAAAGUUCCAGAAGACAUGGAAGGUAUGAAAGAAACCAAACUGCAGAGAAACCUGUAUUUUUUCAAUGUGGUAAAGCCUUUGCAUAUGAGAGUCAUCUUCACAGGCAUGCAAGAACACAUAGUGGGGAGAAAAUCUUUGAAUGUAAUCAGUGUGGUAAAACCUAUAGUCAUCAGAAAAGUCUUCAGAUGCAUAAAAAAACUCAUACUGGAGAAAAACCCUAUGAAUGUAAUCAAUGUGGUAAAGCCUUUGUUGAUCAUAGUAUUCUUCGAAGGCAUGAAAGAUUACAUACUGGAGAGAAACCCUAUGAAUGCAAUCAAUGUGGUAAAGCCUUUGUUCAUAACAGUGCUCUUCAAGUACACAAAAGAAGACAUACUGGAGAGAAACCCUAUGAAUGUAAGCAAUGUGGCAAAGCCUUUGCACAUUGUGGUCAUCUUCACAGUCAUGAAAGAUCUCAUACUGGAGAGAAGCCCUAUGAAUGUAUUCAAUGUGGUAAAGCAUUUGUGCGUCAAAGUCAUCUUGAGAUGCAUAAAAGAACACAUACUGGAGAGAAACCCUAUGAAUGUAAUCAAUGUGGUAAAGCCUUUGUUGAUCAUAGUAUUCUUCGAAGGCAUGAAAGAAUACAUACUGGAGAGAAACCCUAUGAAUGCAAUCAAUGUGGUAAAGCCUUUGUUCAUAACAGUGUUCUUCAAGUACACAAAAGAAUACAUACUGGAGAGAAACCCUAUGAAUGUAAGCAAUGUGGCAAAGCCUUUGCACAAUAUGGUCAUCUUCAAAGGCACGAAAGAUCUCAUACUGGAGAGAAGCCCUAUGAAUGUAUUCAAUGUGGUAAAGCAUUUGUGCGUCAAAGUCAUCUUGAAAUUCAUAAAAGAACACAUACUGGAGAGAAACCCUAUGAAUGUAAACAAUGUGGCAAAGCCUUUGCACAAAAGAACCAUCUUCAAACGCAUGAAAGAACACAUACUGGCGAAAGAAUCUAAUUAAUAUGGUAAAGCAUUUGUAUCACAGUCAUCUUCAAAUUCAUGAAACAACACAUACUAGAGAGAAACCCUAUGAAUGUAUUCAUUAUAAUAAACCUUUUGCCUAUCACAGUCAUCUUCAAGUGUAUAUAAAAACAUACUAGAGAGAAACCUUAUGAAUGUAAUUAGUGCUAUAAAUCCUUUGUAUGUAUCAGUAAUCUUUGAAAUCAUGAGAAAAAGUCAUAUUGCAGAGAAACCCUAAAAAUAUAGUCUGUGUGACAGGAGUAAAACUUUUGUGUGCAUCUGAUCUCUUAAAGCCUUUGCUUAUCACGAUAGAUGUUGAGUACCUGAAAAUGAUACUGAGGGCUAUUUAUUAUAAUGUAUUAGUAAGAUCUUUAACCAAUACACUUACAGCCAAUUACACAACAUUAUUUUGUAGAAAAAAAAGUUGACAGUUUCAACAAACUGUUCAAGCACUAUGAUCUCCAUUUUUAUAUAGUUUGGCCCAGCUAUCUCAUGGGGGAAAAAUGAAUUUAUGAAGCACUAUGUGUAGAGUAAAAGGGCCAGCUAAAGAAACACACUUUGUCCCUGAAUCCAGAGCCUUUGAGAGAUACACUGUGGUCCUGAAACUAGAGGCAUAAUUUUAAGAGGGACCAAGUGAAGGAAUCGCUUUUUCCCUUAAAGCACAGCCAAUGAAACACACUCUAGCUUUGACAAACUGAGCACAAAACCAACCAAUCAAUGAGCACAAAAUGUAGCCUAACUCUGAGAUUGUUCAAGCACAGGGAUUGAAAUCCAACCAAUUCCCACCCCAGAAAUCUUCCUGGAAAAACUCAGCCCUAAGAAGCCCCAUAUAAGCCCUGUGCAUGUUCAGUUGGCUGCGGACCUUUUCCAUACUGGAAAAGGAAUCCAGACUCUCUCCUUGAUUUCUCCCUCCACAAUACAUGACUUGAAUUACUUUUGAGUGAAGACAUCCUUUUGCCCAAGUGGAUCAGAAUAUCUCUAGUGACUUGGAGCAAAGACGCAAUGGACACUUCUUCUGGGAAACUCCCUUAGGGGAGUGGAGCAGAGCAACAACUGACAUCUCUGGUGGGAAAACUCUCUUAGCAGAGUAGAGCAGAGCCCAUCUCUAAGAACUCUCAGAGAGAAGCAGAAUUUCUCCAUCUUGUGGGGAGAUCAUCUCUCAUGGGAACACAGCUCCAGGUAUAGCCUAACUUCCUGUCAGGAUACCUUUCUCCUCACCACUGUAAUUAUAUAGGAUACCUUCCAAUCACACCUGUAGGUAUAGUCUAACUUCCUACAGACAGGGUACAUUCUUUCAUUAAACAAUAACAUAAUCCUUUUAGAUUUUAUACUUGUCUUAAAUUGUAUGAAAUAACUAAUUCAGGUGUAAAACUUCAUGGAUUGGUAUUAGUUCCUUUUCUGUUGUGAUAUAAUGUCUAGGUCAACUUAUAAACGUGUUUAAUUUUGCCCUUAAUCCCAGAGAGAUACAUGAUUACCAUGAAAGUGGCAUGGAAACAACUGUCAGAUGUGGAAGCAGAAGGCUAAUAACUCACAUCCUUAACUGGAAGCAUGAAGCAGAGUGUGGCACCUGUAAAUGAUGUGUGGAUAUAAAUUCUCUAAGCUGGUAGUUCCAGUAACAUAUUUCCUGCAACAGGGCAUCAUUUCCUAAAUCUUUCCAAAUGAAACCACCAAUUACAAGGAUUCGUUUCUGGAACUCAUGCCUACAUACUUGCUUUUGGUUACAUGAAGCAAUUCAUGGUGAAGAAAAACUGUAAUAAGCCAUUAGACCAGCUAAACACUGGCUACAGGAAUGAAUGCUUUCAAGAGAAAAACUUUCAUGAAUGAAACAUUGUUUUACUAAAAUUUUGCUUUAAUUAUAAUUAUGUGAUGUCAGUGUUUGUCUUUUAGGGUGUGUGAAUGUGCAUGUUGUUCCUGAGAACAUUAAACACUUGGAUCUUCUUGUAGCAGGAAUUACAGGAGAUUGUCAAAAAUCAGACCUUGGUCAUGGGAAUGAACAUUUCUUAACUGCUCAGCUAUGCCUCUAGUGUUGUAAAUAUUUUAAAAAUUAUUUCAAUCAUUUUGAAGUCAGAAAAUGGGGACAAACUCAUACAAGACAAGAACCCGAUUUGUGUAAAUAAUUUGGUAAAGUCUUUUGACACCACAGUUGUCUUCAGCUUCAAAAAAAAUACAUUUCAUUUAUUUUUCAUUGUAGCCUUGGAGGAAGUAAAUUACUUACCAUGUUCACUCAAGACAUAUGGUUGAGACCCCUGCAUUGUGGUUUCUAUAUUGAAACAUUUGAGGUAGAUACUCAAGUGUGCUCUAUGUAUGGCAAAUCUAUUUAGUGAAGUUUAUUUUUUGAUCUUUAUAUCCCUUCUGUGGCUUUGUUCAUCUACUAUCAUGCUUUUACUUAGUGACAGGUAUUUUUUCUGCUGUAAUGUAUAGAAUGAGAUCCUAUUCAUCUCAGUGGUCUAUUGUUUAUUUAAAUAGCAGUCAGUGUGUGAUCAUAAUUUUUAAGUAAGGUUGUCUAUGAAAGGUGGUGGGUUGUUGUUGCUGGUUUUGUUUUUCAUAUUUUCACAUAUACCCUUGUGCUGUGGGAUGUUCUGUAUGACAAAUGUGUUGCUGAUUGGUCAAUAAAUAAAACACUGAUUGGCCAUUGGCUAGGCAGGAAGUAUAGGCAGAACAAGGAGGAGAAUAAAGCUGGGAAGUGGAAGACUGAGUCAGGGAGACACUGCCAGCUACCACCAUGAGAAGCUGCAUGUGAAGAUCCCGGUAAGCCACGAGCCAUGUGGCAAGGUAUAGAUUUAUGGAAAUGGAUUAAUUUAAGCUAUAAGAACAGUUAGCAAGAAGCCUGCCACGGCCAUACAGUUUGUAGCCAAUAUAAGUCUCUGUUUACUUGGUGGGGUCUGAGCAGCUGUGGGACUGACAGGUGACAAAGAUUUGUCCUGACUGUGGACAAGGCAGGAAAACUCUAGCUACAAAUGGUGUCCAACGUGGGGGCAAGAGUUUCCACCUAAAACCUGAGAAAAGAUUCUAAAACGGAGCUAUAAACAGUUCCUAAUUGUCUGUCUCAAAUGAGCGGCAGCUGCUGGUUUGAGCUAUUGAUGGGUUCCUAGCGUGCACGCUCGUCCUGCCGUAUGGCGGGAAUGAGGCCUCUGCAAGUGGCACGUUAAGCUGUGUGGUGGAUUUAGCCUUUGCUAGUACAAAACAAAAAAAAAGACGUUUUUGGUCUAUACACUGCUUGGAUAAAAGCAUAGAGACCCACAGUAGCUCCCAGAGCUGGAGGAAAAUGAACCACCGCCAUGUUGGGAAGCUUAAUGGGCAGAUCCAGCAGCCACAGCUGCUGCAGUUUAAAGUAACAGAUUCACAAUAAGACAGAUUCAGAUGUAAUAGUUUACAAUGUUUGUAAAAGAUACGUAGGCUUGAAAUAGACAAAAAAGGUGAUAUAUACAGUUAAAUAAACAAAUACAUAGUGAUAUAUACAGUUAAAUAAAUAAAUACAUAGUUUUAAAAAAAUAAAGUCUUUAAAGACACAGUAAAAUUAAUAUAAAAAAUAAGCCACAUAAAGAUGGGUAUUACACAGAGAAUCUGGAUUGUGUUGUCUUUGGGAUUUUUAACUGCAGAAAAACAUUUGAUUGUAAAAGCUGUUGAGUUAUGUCAAAAUGUAUAUUUUAAAAGUACCUUGACUUUAAAAUUUGGAUAUAAGGAUAUGUUGCUUUGGAAAGGAGACUCUGCUUUUUUUCCCACAGAAAGCCAAAGGCUAUGGAUUUGUUCCAGAUUAAGAUACAUCAGGUUUGACCAGCCAAGACCCCCUAAAAGGUCUCCAAUGACACCAUGGCCCAGAUGAUCCAACAUCCAGAAUGGUUUGAAGGCAACUGGCUCAGACAAUACAG